UUUUUAAUAAUUAAGCCCAACAUUAAGCCAUUUCAUAAUAUGUCAGACUUCCUGCAGACGAUAUUUUUAAAUUAACCGUUAUUAAAUAUCGUCUGAUUUUUGACCGUUAUGUAUAGCAAAGAAUUUCACUAGGAGUUGAAUUUUAUGGAUCUGUACUUAAGAUUUGCGUCGUUGAAAGUUCGCAUUCAGAAAUCAGAUUUUAAUAUUAAAUUAUGAAUAAGCUGCCGAAUAAAUUCCAGCAUAAGAUAUAUAGAGCUGUAUCUGAAUGCAAAACUGGAGCAUUAAGAUGGAGCGAAGAAGGAGAUUCAGUAAUAUUUAACUUCCCGCAGUUUAAGAUCGAAUACUUAGGUGCAGAUGAUUCAAUAAGUCGAAGCUCAAGUAUUCCGUCAUUUAUCCGUCAACUGAACCUUUAUGGAUUUAGAAAGCUUGUGGAUUUAACUCGUGAAAACAAUUGUUCUGAAUAUGCAAAUAUCUAUUUCCAACGAGGUAAACCAGAAUUAUUGGAUUUUAUAACUAGAAAUAAUACUCAACCAAAAUUUAUGAAAAACCUAAAGGUGAAGAAGGAGGUUUUAUUUGAUGCAGACAAUACGAACAAGGGAAAUGAAUUGUCGAAGUGGAAAACUUCAAUACAAUCAAGAAAGUGUAGUUCUUUGAAACAGACUUUGGAUACUGAAGAUAAAGAAAAAUUUGAUCUAAGAGCAAGUCUUGCAGAAACUGUUAAAACAAGGAAACGAAAAUGCGUUCUGAAAAAUGCCACCGGGUCCCAAAGAGAAGAGCAAAUACAUGUCGGAGACGAAGUUCCAAAGAAAAGAAAUAAGCCUAUCACAGUGAAAUCAGCUUUUAAUAUGCAGCACAGGCCAGUAAACCUAAAGAAUGGAGAUAAUUUUCUGAAGAAAGCACAACAGACAGGUUUGGAUAUGCAAUAUAAGCUUCCUGUCCUUAAUGAAACCACUGUGUCUUCAAAAUCAAAAGCAAGUUUUCCCGUGCAGCAUAAACCUUUUUUUCUGAAAAGAAAUGAAGCACCAAAGGUUACUGAAAAUUCUAUUGUUGCUCUUAAACCUCCUAACCAGAUUGGAAACAAUUUCAUGAUUUCAACGCAACCUGCCGCUGAUAAGAAGAAACAGAAGCAUCAAGUCCUAAAUGGAUACAGUGUCCCAAUGACUACAGAAAAUCCUGGUAUGCAGUAUAAGGCAACUAUUUAUUCAAAUAGCGAAAACACACAAGAUGUGAUAUAUAUUGGAAAAUUUCAGAGUUCUGUGCCAAAAUCCAGACAAAAUUCGAAUAUGGUUGUCAUCAAGCAUGAACCUGAAGAUGUAACAAGCUAUCGGCCAGAAUUUCAGAACUCUCAGCUCGUACAGGCUUUGAAUGCUUCGAGAACAACACUUUCAAACUCAGAAGUAAAUUCUCAUGACUCCCGUACUACAGAUAAGACUAACCAAGCAGUAAACCCUUGCAACUACAGCAGUAAUUUAAAGGACAGAGCUAUUCUGGAAGAUGUAAAAUACAUCGGAAUGUUUCAGAGAUAUGUGCCAAACUCCAGACAAAAAUCGAAUAUGAUUGUCAUCAAGCAUGAACCUGAACCUGUAGCAAGCCCACAAUCGGGAUUUCAGAACUCCCAGCCGGAACAGGCUUUGAGUUCUGCGAAAACAUCACUUUUGAAAUCAGAAGUUAAUUCUCAUGACUCUCGUACUACAGCGAAGACUAACCGAGAAGUAAACUCGUAUAAAUACAGCAGUAAUCUAAAGGACGAAUCUAUACUGGAAGAUGUAAAAGGCAUCAGAAUGUAUCAGCAUUCAGCCCUCGUAUGCCCGGUGUUGGGGAAAAUCAAACAAGAACCCAAGAAGGAUCAAGCUGGAAAAGUUUUGCAAGCAACUCCUCAAAAAAUUACUACACCUGCAAGGAUUUGGCACAUUCAGCCUUAUGGGGCUGCAGCUGAAGCAGGAAAACGUCUAGAAUUGGACGGAAACUCGCCUAACAUGCCGCAUUAUCUUCCUAAAACUCCCAUUAUAAAAACCAGUGCAAACAUUACACCAACUACGCAAGCAUCGGCAUUGCAACAUGGAGAUAAAAAUGGAACACCAUCAAAUGGACAGACACAGAAUAUAAUCUUCCUUAACAUGAAAUUAACUCCUAAUUCUGUACUUGGCGAAGAAAAUACUAGAUCUCCACUGGUAGGAGAAAAGUCACCAACAGGUCUCAAAUGGCUUUCCAUCAAAGAGGAAAAAGAUUCUGUACCACCAAAUCGUCCAUGCACAGAGAUUGCGGAUUGCAGGAAAAAGAAGUUGACCAUACCAGAGGGAACACCCGUGAAACCUAAUAUAAUAAGCAAAGCAAGUAAGCGGUCGAUUGUAAAAAAUAUAGCUAAAGAGUUUUCAACCACGCAUAUCGUCUCAAAUGAGCCAAGUUUAAAAGAAAAUGAUUCAUCUAAAAAUGCGGAUGAUUUGAUUUUGACGAAGAAACAUGAUACCUCUUCUACACCCAAUUUACUGAAGGACACUGUGACAUUAGUUAAAGAUGCACGUAUUAAUAAAAUUUACGCUGACGAAACAAGAGAAAGUACUUUGCCGGAUAAACAGUCUCGAAAACGAAAACCAAGUGAUGAAGAUUUCUACAUGUAUGAAGAGAAUCCUUUGAUGCAAAAUGAUGAUCCCAAGGUAGCAAAAAGACGAAUGAUGCACAAAACGACGAAUGUUCGUCAUACCAGUCUACCAGAGAAAGCGUAUUCAGUUUCACAGACCAUCAUAAGCUGCAGUAUGGAGGACGUUAUUCAUCGUCAUGACUGUGAAUACUCUGAGAGUUUUCACGACGUAUUUACGGACUGGUAUAAACCAAAUAGGAUGUUGGCGCAAGCAUUUUAUGAACACUUGCAGGGUUAUGUCUAAGAAUGCUUAUCUUUUAGUUAAAUGGUUCUAGAAUGCUUUUUCUGAUUUAUUAGGAAUUUUGUAUUAUUUUACUUUUUUAUGAAUUUCAUAAUCAAUGCUCGAUAAUUUUAGUUAUUUUGUUAAUUACUGUAGCAUUUGUUAUUCUGUGUGUAAAGCAUUGACAUUAAUUACUAUUUCAGAAUUUUUCACUUCAUUGCUUUUUACACUAAAUUAAACCUUAAAAAAUGAUUUUGUCUUCCAUGUAUUUCCAUUAAUAGAUUUCAGGAUAUUACAGCGCUUCUCGAAUAUUCAGGAUGGAACCAUUUAAAAAAGGGAGCGCAUGACUUUUGAACUUGCCGGUUUCUCCCAAACUCAGCAUAAUAAUAGCGAAUCUUACAGUGAAUAUAUAUGUAAAACGUUAGUGAAUAUAUACACACACACAAAAAAAAAAAAAAAAAAAAAAAAAAAAAAAAAAAAAAAAAAAAAAAAAAAAAAAAAAAAAAAAAAAAAAAAAAAAAAAAAAAAAAAAAAAAAAAAAAACUUGAAGUACGUAAUAAUAGCUUAACGCAAUUUAUAUUUAUUCAAAAAUGCUUAAAAUUUUAAGGAAAAGGUCGAUUUUACUAACACUCAUAAAAACCCUCUCCUACGAAAUAUAUCGUCUAGAUCGGUAUUUCUCAACUGGAUUUACUCCAAGAACCGGUAAAAUAUUUUUGUACGUUUAAUAAUUCGACUCAUUCGCACAAUUUUUUCGCAUAAAUAACUCAUGAAGACAAAUAUAAUUUUUAAAGCAUUUUAUUUGUUAUAAUUUACAUAUGCACAAUAAACUUACUUAAAAUAUUGCAUCGAAAAUAAAACUAACAAAACUCCGAGAAAAUUCCAUUUCCGAGGAUAUUUCGCGGUCCGGCAAAUAUAUUUUGCGGAUCGGCGGUUGAGAAACACUGGUCUAGAUCAUUGCUUCUUAUACGUUUGUCAUUCAUGACACCAACUUUUUGUCGUUGAGAUUUUUUGAAAACAUUGCACCUGACGCCGGAGAUAACGUGAUUUUAAUAAUACCAGUAGUAUAUCAGCCCACAUGACCUGACCACAAACUCAAGUCUUAUAACUUACAGUCUGUAAUUUGAUUAAUGGUUUUAUAAUACAUAUUAGUUUUGACAAAAAUCUUAAAACCAUACUACUAGUUUUCCAUUGUUUAAAUCUUCAGUUCUAGUUCCCCAGUUAAUUUAGGCUGUUUUCUUUAGUUAAUUUGAUCACAUUGUUAGGUUAUAUCUAACAUUGUUAGGUUGUAAACUGAUUUAUGUUCUUCACUUUAAUUUUGCUUACUAUUAAAAGAAUGAUUCAUUAAAUCAGUUUUAUAUAUCCUCAGUUGACAUUUAUGUAGCUUGCAAUAAGCUUUUGUCUGUUUACAUUCUUUCUAUCCAGUUCUCAAACAUAGGUUAUUUUAAGCAAGCAUUUUGAAAGAUUGUGCUAAAUGUUUUCACGCUAUUCAUUAUUCACACUUUGGCUAAAACACACAGCAGCUAAAACCUGACUUUGGAAUCUUACUGUCAUAUCAACAAAAUAUUAAUCAAACAAUUAGUAAAAUACAUGUAAACACAAACGACUGAGUACACAUGCCGUAGCAGAACUGCGAGUUGUCAACUUUUAUUUAAGCCUAAAUAGAUUAUUCCUUUCUAUUAUAAAUUAAUACAUUUUACGCUAUACCAAAAAACUUAAAGUAACAAAUGUAGCUCAAGAAAAUGAUGGAGUAACAGAAAAUUCGCAGAUAUCAGUUUCAGUAGCACAGGUUUAUCAAAAGUACGAAAUUUGCGAAAAAUCGCAUUAUCUGGCAGCAUCGCCCCAGAAAUUAAAUAUAGAAAUGUUUUCAUAAAUAAUUUAUUUCCUGAGUAAACAAUAUGAAUAAAAGAAAGUAGUUCUAGUAUUUUUUGUUUGAAAUAUACAAAAUUAAGGAAAUAAAUCAAGUUUUAAUGAGACGGAUGCGCGUAACAAAAAUAUAAUCUUGAUGCAAUAUUUGACAUUAUUAGACGUAAAGCAUCUUAGACAAUUUUCACCCGUAAACGGUAUUUUGAUUUAAGAAGCAUUCAAAGCUGAAUAAGUUUUACAUGAAUAUGUGGUUCUGAAUGACAGACAAAUAUUUAAUUCAGUUUAAAAAUUGUGUGAAAUUCGAAGGAUUUUUGUAGAAACUCAAGAUCUAAAUUUGAGUUCAGUGAAUUUAUUUUGGGUUUUAUAUGGCAUAUUAUGAAUCUCAUUCAUGUCAAAUAAUGCGAUUUUUUUAAAAAAUCUCAUUAAUGAAAUUUUUAAAUUCAUGAAUCUGAAUUAAAUUUUCGCGACCCCAUCAUUUCACUUUGCAACCCCAUUUGGGGGCCCGACCUAUAGUUUAAGAAACGCUUGUCUAGAACGUUAGAUUGACACCUAUUUUCCUACAUUUUAUCUUUUUGUUUUACAAAACGCCCUUUAACAUCAGAGAAGUAACGACAUUAUUUUGUAUUAUUGGGAAAAAAGAUUCGGUAAUAAAGGAAAAUAUUCAUUUAAAUUUCUAACAAAUGCAGAAGUGCGAAAGACAAAUCGGAAUCUGACAUAUAGAGAGAAGCAAGUGGGGGCAUUUUUUUUCCUCACUUAUUGUUGAGAAGUUCUAAUAAUCCAACUUAGAUUUAAGUUCCUCUACAGAUAUCGUUCCGGCGAAAUCGCUGAUUCAAAAGUGAUGCGCUUUCUUUGUGACUAACUGGUUUUAAAUAAUAUACUGAAAAUUUUGCUUUUCAGCUUAUCUUAUACGUAGUAUAUAUAUAUAUAAAGUAAUUCCAUUAUUGUUAGAAUGGGAUAAUGCCACAUACCCCUAUAUUGGCAGGUAACAAACGGUAUUGAGUAGAGACUGUAUCGAUGUGUCGAGUGCUAAAAUCAUUCGUUAUAGCGAAAGGUGGUGGUACUUACCAACCUAGGUACAAAAAUGAAACCCUAGGCUGGUAAAUACUAUGAAACCUCUCGUGCGAACCAGCUGUUUAAGAUAAAAUAUUCCAAAGUGUACUUAAGAACAUAACUGUAUUGAAAACUAUAAUGUUAUGUAAAACAAGCAUUUCCACAAAAGACCAAAACUAUUUGGAAAUAUGGCAAUCGUUCGAGGAAAAAUUUAAGGUAUUUUGAAAUGGAAUUUUCUAUUUACAGUUUCUUUUACUUCUUGUCUUUGCGAAUUAUACUACUUUGCCUUGUGAAAUGUAUUGAAAUUUCUUAAUACUGUCCGCUUUCUAAACGGAACGUCAUUAUUUGACCUCAGAAUUUCUGAGACUAUAAAGAAAUAACGUGACGGAGAAGAAUGUUUUGUAAGGCGAUCACCUCUAUGGAACACCGUAAUCAGCAGUACCAUGCGUGGUCGUCUGAGGGGAAAGUUCCAUUCAAUCUGUAAUUUUAUCUGGGACGGUUAAUUAUUUUAUACAUUGAUUUUUUCCCUUUAUCCUUAUCUGUUAGGAACAUUUUGUAAUAUUAUAAAUACUUCAUAUCUUAAGUAAUAUUUGUAUAAUUUUAAUUUUAAAAACUUUUUUAAGUAGAGUGUACUAAGAUUUUAUACACACACCUAAUUAUUUCAAUUAUAAAUGUUUUGCUGUGUAGAUCCAUACUUAUGUAUUUUUAUUUACAUUUAUGAAAUUUAAAAAUCGAAAACCUGUUAAUGCAAUUAAUUAGUAACCUUUUAAAAUAUAUUUUGCUUAUUUUAUACCAAUUUUUAUAAGUGAUUUCCUCUGUAAUUUACUUAAAUGAUAAAUUAUCUCUCUAAAUAUUAAGAAACUUGAAAAGUAUAACAUUGAUCACAUUUAUAUAUUACACAAUUUAUAUAAUUUCAUGUGUGUUAUCUAAGAUAUUUUAUUCUGUCUCAUUGAU